AAAAACUAUUAUCGUCUUGUAAUCGCCGUGUAAAAAUCCAGAUGAUCCCUCUCCUCUGUCUCAUUUCUCUUGACGUUUCUGACGUUUUUAAUUUCUCACGGCUUCGUUUGUGCCGCCACAUUUUACCGUCGGCGACUUCUCAAUCCGAUUCAUCCGGAGCUUAUCCUCCUCCUCCCUCGAGUCUCGGAGUUUUUGUUACCCGAUCGCAAUCUCUGAAUUUUGAAUUCUUUAUUCAUCUUCUUGUUCUCUACCAAUCGCAGACGAGUUUAAAAAGAUGACGUUGACGAUCCCGUCGGCACCUGGGAGCUCAGGGUACUUGGAUAUGUACCCAGAGAGAAGGAUGUCGUAUUUUGGCAAUUCUUACAUUCUCGGUUUGACUGUCACUGCCGGCAUAGGUGGUCUCCUCUUCGGCUACGACACAGGUGUAAUCUCCGGUGCCCUUUUGUACAUUAAGGAUGAUUUUCAAGUUGUGAAGCAGAGCAGUUUCUUACAGGAAACUAUUGUGAGUAUGGCUUUAGUUGGUGCCAUGCUCGGUGCUGCAGCAGGAGGCUGGAUCAACGACUACUACGGACGCAAAAAAGCCACCAUGUUUGCUGACAUCGUCUUUGCAGCUGGAGCUAUCGUUAUGGCUGCUGCUCCCGAUCCGUACGUCUUGAUCGCGGGUCGUUUCUUGGUUGGUUUGGGAGUUGGUGUUGCUUCCGUGACUGCACCCGUUUAUAUAGCCGAAGCCUCUCCCUCUGAAGUGAGAGGUGGUCUUGUCAGCACCAAUGUGCUGAUGAUCACCGGUGGACAGUUUCUUUCAUACCUCGUUAACUCUGCUUUCACACAGGUUCCAGGGACAUGGAGAUGGAUGCUUGGUGUUUCGGGUGUACCGGCUGUUGUUCAGUUCGUACUGAUGCUUUUCAUGCCGGAGUCUCCUAGGUGGCUGUUCAUGAAGAACCGUAAAGAGGAAGCGAUCCACGUGCUGACGAGGAUGUAUGACAUCUCUAGGUUAGAGGACGAGAUCGAUCAUCUUUCCGCGGCUGAAGAGGAAGAGAAGCUGAGGAAACACACCGUUAGCUACUUGGAAGUCUUUAGAUCCAAAGAGAUGAGACUCGCCUUCUUCGCCGGAGCAGGACUCCAGGCGUUUCAGCAGUUCACUGGGAUCAACACCGUCAUGUACUAUAGCCCUACGAUAGUUCAGAUGGCUGGCUUUCAUUCGAACCAGCUCGCUCUGUUGCUCUCUCUCAUCGUUGCUGGGAUGAACGCUGCUGGAACAGUGGUGGGGAUAUACUUCAUCGACCACUGUGGACGGAAGAAGCUUGCUCUCUCUAGUCUAUGCGGUGUGUUUAUCUCUCUCGUGAUCCUCUCUGUAUCCUUCUUCAAACAGUCUGAUGCGGCGGCGUCUGAUGGAGGGCUCUACGGCUGGCUAGCCGUGCUUGGUUUAGCUCUGUACAUCGCUUUCUUUGCACCGGGGAUGGGACCGGUCCCGUGGACGGUGAACUCGGAGAUAUACCCGCAGCAGUACCGAGGCAUAUGCGGCGGGAUGUCUGCGACGGUUAACUGGAUCAGUAACUUGAUCGUGGCGCAGACUUUCUUGUCGGUAGCAGAAGCUGCUGGUACUGGAGUGACGUUCUUGAUUUUGGCGGGGAUAGCGGUUUUGGCAGCUGUGUUUGUGAUUGUGUUUGUCCCCGAGACGCAGGGGCUGACGUUUUCUGAAGUUGAGCAGAUUUGGAAAGAGAGGGCUUGGGGGAAUAACAGUGGUUGGGGGAGUAGCAGCGAGAGCAAUGACAUGGAUGGGUUGCUAGAGCAGGGAUCUCAGUCUUAGAGUGUGGCUCAUACUCAUACAUUGUGGUGUCACUGACUAAACCAAGUUUGGUUCCGGUUUAGCUCAGUGAUAUCACAGAUUAAACCAAGAUGUGUUAGGAAGUGUUUGUUGAUAAUAAUAAUAACGAUUAUGGUCCACUUUGGAUUCCAGUCUUGUCUGCAAAUCUCAGUAUGAUGCAUGUGUCUCUGGUCAAAGCAUAGACUCGAGACAAGAGUAAUGAAUAGAUGAAUGUUGAUUGGCAAACAUAAGACUUGUCAUAGGAACUAUAUAAGUAUUUAUCUUUUUUCUGUUAAAUAACAGUCUUUUAGGCACA